GCAAACAAGCCGAGGAUACAUCAGACUCUUAAAGAAGCAUCAGCACGCAGCACGGUGAUGUUACUGCUACUACUCAUCUUCUCACUGACAGGUUGUGAAUCUGAAGUGAGAGCAUGUCACCAUCGAUGGGCUGAAAUCACCUGCAAAUAUCCUGAAACAAAUAACAUAUAUCAGUACACUGAUGUAGUUCUUUCCAAUGGAAGACCUGUACAAACCUCUAAGAAGGACGUGUGGGAAGAAAAUGGCAGAUUUUGCCUCUACCAUGAUACAAAAAAUAAAAAUCUCAAGGUUGCAAUAAAACAUGUUAAAGAGCAAGAGUUUGGGAAGUACAGGUGCAGGUUUUUUCAAAGAUCGAACUCAUCUGACAUACAGGAAGGAAAACUGGAGACUGAGCAUAUAAACUGCCCGCGAACAUAUCUCAGCGUGUACAGAACAGCUAACAGCACCUUCACAUGUGAUUAUCCAGAUGUUUACGAGUCCCACAUAAAGUUCUUCUGUAAAAAGAAACGUUUUACCUGUGAGGACAUUUUAUCAACGCCAAAAGGGACGUUUACUCUCACAGGCAGCAGCCGUGCCUUGAACAUUUCCAUCAGUCAUGUGAACUCACAGGAUGCUGGUGAUUACUGGUGUGGAGUAAAAUCAAAUGAUGGAAGUUACAGAUUAUCACACACACAAGUACACCUGAAAGUUAUAGAUAUUGAACCUUUGCCAUCAACUAUUGGACAGAACUUCACAUACCAGUGUAAGUACAACCAGGAUGCCUCCUCAUGUAUAAAAUUCAUCUGCAAAGGAGAAGAUUCAACUGUAUGCAAACAGCUAGUAACCAGCACAGAGCCUGACGUGAACCAGAGAUUUAUAAUGAAAGAGAACAACGGGAGUAUCACCAUUACAGUGAGAGAAGUAACAGCAAACGAUAGUGGGAUAUACUGGUGUGGAGCAAGAGUCCCUCACAAACACAAUCAAACACAUGACGACUUCUUUGAUGGAUUUAAUUUGACUGUAGGUCUGAACCAAGGAAGUAUUCUCCAUCCACAUGAGAAUAAGAAUUUUGUCGUCGUGUUGACCGUCUGUAUGGCUUUUCUGCUGCCAGUGCUGCUGAUGGUUGUGAUAGUUUUGAUCCUUAUUUACAAACGCCUUUCAUCUUCAAAGGAUACAGGAAGUGAAGCAACAGCACAGUAUAUCAAAGAGGACAAUAUCUAUGAAGAAAUAGAGGAGCAUUUCCAGAGUCCAGGCUCAGAAUAUGCCACAAACACAGUUUAUCUCACCGUCGAUCAUCCUACAAACCAUCCUGCCUCACUCCAUUACUCCACCAUCAACUUUCCGAUCAGCUCUGACAUAGCUGCUGCUGAGACACUGAUCCUCACACCCAGCUCAUCGGCCUGCAAAUAUUCGACUGUGAAGCACAGCACGAGUCUGACUACGUCGACUGCCACACACCCACCCAGACCUCCACAGGAGCCUCUCUACUCAAAAGUCAACAAGUUGAAGCCAAGACAGAAAUAAGACUCUCAGUGAUGCGAUCCACUCCUGUCAACCUCAAACCCACCUCAGCUGGAGCCAUCCAAACCUCAGUCUACAUCCUCACCACCACCACCUGGACUCUGGUGGGUCCUGUCCUAAAACUGCUGGGAUUGUGUUCUGCCAUGAUGAGCUGCUGGAGUCUGACUGCCAAAUACAAUCAUUUCUCUAUGUCAGUAAAUCAUGUUCUUUUAAGUGAACUCUCCUUAUUGAAACACUUUUGAGACACAUCCCUGGUGUCCUUUUAACAACCCCACAGACUGCAGUGAUGGGUUACUUUUUUCAAGCAGCUGCGCUCGCUCCCGCGGACGGUAAUCACGAUCACUGUCUAACACAACACCUGGAGCUCAGGGGGCAAAACAAUCACAUGAGUGC